GGUAAAAGACCUUUUUCGGAGCAUUUUUCUAGUUUGGAUGUUGUAGAUCCGCGAAGAGAAUAUGUUGAGUAAAGGGAAACGGAGCAACGUUCACCAGUUUCAUGGGGCAAUGGGAGCCAACGAGUGCCAUUAUUGUUUUGGAGAAAAGAACCAUAAUGAAAGCGAAAAGGUCUUUUACCGGAGCAUUUUUCUAGUUUGGAUGUUGUAGAUCCGCGAAGAGAAUAUGUUGAGUAAAGGGAAACGGAGCAACGUUCACCAGUUUCAUGGGGCAAUGGGAGCCAACGAGUGCCAUUAUUGUUUUGGAGAAAAGAACCAUAAUGAAAGCGAAAAUACGAAAACAUCAAAAUCCCUUUCUUGUGAUCAAGGCAAGCACCAGAUCCCUUUCUUCUUUGAGAUUCAUUAAGAAUCAAACUAGUUUUUCCUAUAUAAUUAUGUUUCAUCAGAGAAAUCAAAGGACUCACAAGAUUAUCAUUGGGAGAUUUUGGAUAAAACACCAAAUCAAAAGGAAUGGAUCUGACCCUGUAUAAUGCUGCGAUGAGAGGCAAUAUCGGAGAUGCCAAUUUUCUACUUGCUGAUCAUUUGAAAAGGGAUGAAGAAAACGGCUACCAAGUCACUCCAAAGGGAAACACGGUCCUCCAUGUCUCAGCCCUCUAUGGCCGCUCCCAUUUCGUGAGAGAAGUCCUUAAGAUUACUCCGCCAAUGUUAUGCUGUCAAAACAAGAAAAAUGAAACCGCUCUUGGAGUAAUACAUGUGCUACUCGCACAUAUAGAAGAUCAUAAUACUAAGGAGAAACGCAUGAGGAUGACAGAUGCUAGUGGAGAUACAGCCCUGCACAAGGCCGUGCGGAGCCAACGUCUAGAUGUGGUUAAGCUCUUGGUGAAAGAAGAUCCUGAAUUUGAAUUUCCGCCUAACCAUGCGCAGGAGACGCCACUCUAUUUGGCGGCUGAAUCUGGUUUCCAUGAUGCUUUGAUUAAUAUCUUGGGGUACUGCAAGAAAUGAACUUAUGCUGCAGGUCCAUCUAAUAGAACACCGAAGCAUGCAGCAGUAAUUCAGGAACAUAAAGAUUGCAUUAGAUCACUCUGGCGUUGGAAUAAGCCUUUAUGCGAGGAACCUGACUUAUGGGGUUGGAAUUCACUGCACUAUGCUGUUAAAUUAGGAUUGGCGGACGUAGUAUCUGAUAUGCUGGCGUGGAAAAAAUCCUUAGUGUACCUUCCGGCAGGCAGUGAAAAUGCCUGGACAACAGCAAUUCACAUUGCAGCUAGUGAAGGUGAUGUAAACAUGAUCAUUGAGCUGUUAAAUCACUGCCCUGAUGGUCGGGAUAUUCUUAACAGCAACAAUCAAAAUGCUCUUCAUGUUGCCGUCCUGAACAAUCAAGACAAGGUUAGACUCGAUAAGUGCGACAGACUUGCUGAUGAGCCAGAUAGCGACGGCAACACUCCUCUCCAUUUGCUUGCUGCCUCUGGUAACCAUGUGCUUGAAUUAAUAAACCAUCCUAGAGCAAAGAAGAUGUCAUUUAACAAACAAAACCAGACUCCACUUGAUAUAGCAUUGUCAUGCACAGUGUCAACAGAGAAGGAGAAAUUGGUGGAGGAUUUGUGUAGCAUUGGCCGAUUUGGAAAACGUGACUUUGAGGUAAAGCGGAAGUACGAGUACGUGCCCAAUCCAAAUGCUGAAACGGGAAAAGGAGUCAAAGUGCAACUGAGGGAAGAUGAUCAAGAUAAAGCUAAAAAGGCAGAUCAAACAGUAAUUGAAAGUAUUAUGAAAUCAGCUCAAAUCCAUGUUGUUGUGGCCACUUUGAUAAAGAUAGUCACUUUUGCCGUUGGUAUCACAUAAAACAUCAUUUCGUGCAUUUGUUGUUUCCGAUGCCCUUGCCUUCACAUGCUUAGCUGUUGCCAUAUUCAUCUACUUCCUCAAGGCAGAUUCAAGCAGAUUUCAUCAAAAUAAGAAAGCUGUAGAGAAGUUUUAUGAUCUCGCCGGUAUUUUUCAGUGCCUGUCAAUGUUAGCAGUUGUAAUUGCAUUUGCAACGGGUAUGUUUGCUACCUUAUCACAUUCCCUUGGUCUUGCCAUUACUGUUUGUUUCAUAGGUUGCCUCUCUAUUUUAUUGUACUUCUUGGUUUUUAUCUAUAUUUGUAGAUAUUUGUGAUGAGAGUAAGAUGAAGAAUAGAGAGACAUGAAUACUAGUUUCUACUUAUUGCUUGCAAAUGUAUAAUUAUCUAUAUUUCAGUUUUUACCCAAUACCUU